ACCCUUCCCAAAGGCUGGCGACUUCGAACCAGCGACACGCCCCAGUGUCGGUCUUCUCGCGAAAGUAACUGCGUCGUGAUGGCGGUGCUCCUUGAAACGACGCUCGGUGAUAUUGUAAUUGAUUUAUUUACAGAAGAAAGACCCAAAAGUUGUCUUAACUUUCUGAAAUUAUGCAAGAUCAAAUACUACAACUACUGUCUGAUUCACAACGUCCAGAGAGACUUUGUUGUGCAGACUGGUGACCCCACUGGAACAGGUCGCGGUGGAGAGUCUGUUUACAGUAAACUCUACGGGGACCAGGCCCGCUUUUUUGAUGCAGAGAAAGUUCCGCGUAUCAAACACAGGAAGAAGGGGAGUGUGUCCAUGGUGAAUAAUGGGAACGACCAGCACGGGUCUCAGUUCCUCAUAACCACGAGUGAGGACCUGGACUACCUGGAUGGGGUCCAUACCGUGUUUGGGGAAGUGACUGAAGGCUUUGACAUCUUGGCCAAAAUCAAUGAGACGUUCGUUGACAAAGACUUUGUUCCGUAUCAGGAUAUCAGGAUAAAUCACACGGUAAUCCUCGACGACCCCUUUGAUGACCCUCCUGACCUGCUGGUGCCCGAUCGAUCCCCUGAACCCACCAAAGAGCAGUUGGACAGCGGACGGAUCGGCGCUGAUGAAGAGAUCGACAACGUGGAGGGGAAAACUGUGGAGGAGCUGGAGGAGGGACUGAAGGAGAAAGAAGCUCAGACUCACGCCAUCCUGCUGGAGAUGGUGGGAGAUCUUCCCGACGCUGAAGUGAAGCCUCCAGAGAACGUGCUGUUUGUGUGCAAGCUGAACCCGGUGACCACAGACGAGGACCUGGAGAUCAUUUUUUCCCGCUUUGGGCAUAUAAAAAGCUGUGAGAUCAUCAGGGACUGGAAGACCGGAGACUCCCUCUGCUACGCCUUCAUCGAGUUUGAGAAACAGGAAGACUGUGAAAAAGCUUUCUUCAAAAUGGACAAUGUGCUGAUUGACGAUCGGCGCAUCCAUGUGGACUUCAGUCAGUCUGUGGCCAAGAUCAGAUGGAAAGGCAAAGGUGGAAAAUACACGAAAGAUGACUUCAAAGCGUACGAGAAGGAGCUGGAAAACCGCUCCGGCGUGGCUCUGAAGGACAGCGCCAAACCUCAGAGGGAUUCCAGGUAUGAGCUGCUGCUGGAGGAGGAGGACGAGGCCACGAGCCGCCAGCGAUCAGACAAGAAGCACAAAGCCAAGAAACGCCACCGCUCAGAGGACGAGGACAACAGGAAGUCCACAAAGUCCAAGGACGGCGAGGAGAGCCGGCGAGAAAGAAAGGCGGGUCACCAGUGCUCUCGAUCCCGCUCCAGAGACCGGGACCACAAACACAGCAAGUCCCGGGUCAAACACGGCAAAGACAGAGGUCACGGCCACAAGGAGCGGAGUCGCAGCCGCUCGCCAAAGAAGUCCAAGGACAAAGACCGGAGCCGACACCGCUGAGAGCCGCCAGAGGGAGGC